GUCAGAAAGUGAGUUCAUUCCCCGAGAGGUGCCGAGGAGACGGAGCGCCGUCGAUUAGGUUUAGCGCUUCCCCUGGUAUCUAGCACAUCGAGACUGCGAGACAACGGACCGACCUUUCCACCGAGCCCGGCCAUGGACGAACAGGCGGGGCCCGGCGUGUUCUUUAACAACAAUAACAACUCUGUUUUACCCGGCGGUGGGAAAGGACCGCUGCCCGAUGGCGACGCUGGGGAGGCGGCUAGGGCGCAGUACAGUAUCCCGGGGAUCUUGCACUUCCUGCAGCACGAAUGGGCCCGUUUCGAAGUAGAAAGAGCACAAUGGGAGGUGGAGCGGGCCGAAUUGCAGGCCCAAAUCGCCUUCCUACAAGGGGAGAGGAAAGGCCAGGAAAAUCUAAAGAACGACCUUGUCAGGAGGAUCAAAAUGCUGGAGUUUGCCCUGAAGCAAGAGAGAGCAAAAUACCAUAAGUUAAAGUAUGGGACGGAGCUGAAUCAAGGCGACAUGAAGCCUCCGAGCUACGACUCCGAUGAGGCCAAUGAGAACGAGACUUCUGGCUCACUCAACAAUCAGCUGUCCUGGAAACAAGGCCGUCAGCUCCUCAGACAGUACCUGCAAGAGGUGGGCUACACAGACACCAUCUUAGAUGUGAAGUCCCAGCGAGUCCGGGCGCUGCUGGGACUAGCCGGGGACGGAAGUGGGAGGACAGCCGAGCGGAUGAGCACUGAGCCUUUGGUCAACGGGACGGACACAACAAAAGUCACCAGAGGGAAAGCUGAGCUCUCUGACACCAGUGCCGUCCUGGAGGCUUUCAAGUUCAUUGAGAACGUACCCGCCUUCAUCAGCGAUGAAGACGAUGAAGACGAUAGCGAGGGCAAGGACAGGACCAACGUGGAGUCCAGAACGAUCCUGAGGAAGAAGCCUCCGUCGUCAACGUUGCCGGCCAGCAUGGACACCAGCGAGGACCCCGACACAGAGGAGGCGCUGAAGGGCUUUGACUUCCUGUCCAGCCCAGACGAGAUGGACACCACGCCGGAGUCCCGAGGCACUGGUGAUGGCACAGACUGGGACAAGGACGAGCAAGGUCCCAUUUCUGAGUCCUGGGAUGUGGACCCGAGCCUGAUAACCAAACUCAAGGAGCAGUACAGAAAGGAGCGCAAGGGGAAAAAGGGGGUGAAGAGGCCCAACCGGUCCAAGCUGCAGGACAUGCUGGCUAACCUGAGAGACGCCGAGGACCUGUCCCACAUGCAGCCUCCAUCCACGCCCCAGUCCCGACCCAGCGUCGGCCGGUUCAACGAGCACGAGGAGAACCGGACGGAUGAAGUUGAGGCGAUGACUUUCCCGCCCACCUCAGUUAAGUCGUUCAUCAUGAACACAGACGAGGCCAUGGAGAGCGAGCUCGGCCUGGGGGAGCUGGCUGGAUUAACCGUGGCCAACGAGGCCGACAGUCUGGCAUAUGACAUUGGCAACAACAAGGAUGCCAUGAGAAAAACGUGGAACCCCAAGUUCACUCUGCGGAGUCAUUUCGACGGGAUCCGUGCUCUGACCUUCCACCCGGUGGAGCCCGUCCUCGUCACCGCUUCAGAGGACCACACUCUCAAAAUGUGGAACCUGCAAAAGACUGCUCCUGCCAAAAAGAGUACGUCCUUAGAUGUGGAACCGAUCUACACUUUCAGGGCUCACAGGGGUGCGGUACUGAGUGUGGUGAUGAGCACUACGGGGGAGCAGUGUUUCAGUGGAGGCGUUGAUGGGACCAUACAAUGCUGGAACACCCCCAACCCCAACAUCGACCCCUACGACUCCUACGACCCUUCGGUGCUGCGCGGGGCUUUGAGUGGACACACUGACUCGGUUUGGGGUUUGGUGUACAGCAGCGCACAUCAGCGCCUCCUCUCUUGCUCUGCAGACGGGACCGUGAGACUGUGGGACGCCAACACCACCUCCCCAGCCCUCGCAGUAUUCAAUGAAAACAAAAAGAUGGGCGUUCCCUCUUCAGUGGACCUGGUGUGCAGUGAACCAGCUCAUCUGGUCACAUCCUUCACAAACGGCCAGAUUGGCCUCUUCAACAUGGAGACCCGUCAGCUGGUCCUCAGUCUGGAGUCCAAUUUGGAGCCAGGCACUCCCUGCCAGAUCAAUAAGGUCCUCAGCCACCCCACCCUGCCCAUCACCAUCACCGCACAGGAGGACAGACACAUCAAGUUCUUUGACAACAACAGCGGGAAGCUGAUCCACUCCAUGGUGGCUCACCUGGACGCUGUCACCAGCUUAGCUGUGGACCCUAAUGGACUUUAUCUCAUGUCGGGCAGUCACGACUGCUCCAUCCGCCUGUGGAACCUGGAGAGUAAAACCUGCAUCCAGGAGUUCACGGCUCACAGAAAGAAGUUCGAGGAAUCGAUCCACGAUGUGGCAUUUCAUCCGUCUAAGUGCUACAUCGCCAGCGCCGGUGCAGACGCCCUCGCGAAGGUGUUUGUAUGACGCGGAGCCGGGUCUCUCCCCACAGCCCCGCUCUCUGACUCAGCCUCCCAUGAUCAGGGACCAAUAGAGUCACAGCAGGGGAAGGACCUUCAGACAGGGGUCCAGUCCCACCUCACACAGCCCACUGGUAUCCUUUCAGACUGGCAGACUAUGUAGCCGCUAGCCUCAAACCGGGGCUGUGACUCACCAUAGAAAGGGCCGGCAGGGAGGCCAGUCAGGAGGAGAACUGCUCUCUGGUCCCCCCCCAUCCACCAUCCAGGCAGGCCUGGGUGUGACCGGCCGCAGCGCCCCUGCAGACAGACUAAAACUUAACCUCCGUAGCUAGGAGGCUCAGGACAAGUGUUAGUGUGGCGUGGAGAAAUAAGGUCUCAAGCCCCUUCUUCUUCUGCCCCUGUGGCUUCACGCUCACCCCAGAUCCCUCAGGCCCUCAACCUCCCCCCCCUCAGACGAACCAGGUCCAGGCCCUUUACUCCAAGUCAGGUUUCGCGUCGUGCUGUACCACAAAAACGCGGAGGUACUCAUGGCUCGCCGGAGCCGUCGUGGAAGCCUCUCGCCUCCUCCUCUCUGCUUUCCAGACUGACUCUGCUUGCUGGCCUGUCUUUAUUUUUCCUUUUUAAAAAAACAUGUAUUGACAAAUGUGCCUUUGCUUUGAAAAGGUCUUGAAAAUGUUAUUUUAACAAGCUUGUUUUUGGGGAACAGGGAGGGAGGGGACUGCGGAGAAUCGGAGCUGGUUGUCACAAUGUUGUCGAUUUUAACAUUGGAUGUAAAAUUACAAAUGCUUAUAAUAAACAAAAUAUAUAUUCAGUCUUAAACUUUACUGUGCAGCCUGGGUUUGAGUGCUCCUUUUUGAUAAGUGUGGUUGGGGAAUCAGUUUUGUGCAUUUCAAGGCAAAGCUGGUAGAGUAAUACAAACCAUUAAGUAUACUGCCUGUUUGUUAGAUUCAAGUAAUUGUACACUUCAGAAGUAAGAUUGCAAACAUAUGUGUCCAAAGUAAACCAUCUUGGUUAUAUAAUUACAAUUCAAACUUGGUUCUAGAUGUCAAUUUUAGGAAUAACUAACAGAUUUUGGCCAGUUUGCUCUUGUUUGAAUUGAAUGGCUUGUUCUGUAUGUAGUUUUCCCCACUUGUGUGGACAUGCUUGACUACAAUGUGAUGUAUCAUGUCCGGAUAUUUACAGUAGUCCGAUGUUUAGCAGGAGAUUAGUGCAGUGCUUUAGGACUAUUUGGAAUAAUGCGUUUACCAUCCAACACUGAGGGGAGAGAAAAUGUCCUGCGAGUCCAGUUUACUGUAAACUGAAGAGGGCGGAAAGAAGAAGCAGAAGAAGAAAAAAAAAAGGAAAAAUCAAUCAAAGAUGUUGUACGUGUUAAGAGUACAGCUUCAAAAAUGAGCCAUUUUCUCAGUCACUGGUUUGUAUAUGAAAGUAUGUUCAAAAUAAAAAAAAAAACCUGCUGUAAUAUGUUCAA